AUGGUCGCAUCUGUUGAUGGUUUCUCAUGUUCUUGUGAAGAGAAUAGUAUACCAGUUGGCAUAGCUCGUUGUAAACAAUGCAACACAACGGAGGUGGUAUCAGCUGAUGGUUCGUCGUGUGUGCCAAGAAAAUGUCAGAUCGCAAAUAAUAGGUUUAUAUGCAGAAAAUGCCCGAGUGACUACAUAUCCGUAACCCAAAAUGUAGACGGUUCACCAUCUAAAGAAGUGGUAUGUGUGAAGUGUGCGCGUGGAUACAAGGCGCAGAAUAAUGUGUGUGUUCGGUGCGCGUCGUGCAUCUGUCCAAAGACAGACAUUGCUGUGAAAAACGUAUGCGUGCCGAAGAGAUUCCUGAGCGAGCGACCGAAGUAUGAUGGAAAUAUGCCCGGAUAUCUUCUAAUGGACGUACUGAAAAAUGAAUAUUUGUGUAUCAACGGUGAUCUCCUUGCUUGUAGAACUCUCGCCGCCGGAUGUGUGCACAGCAUGUACAGUGCGGACUUGGCGGGCCCCUGUCAGAUGUGGUUACAGCCUAAAAUAGCACCACCCAAAGGUUUACCUGAUCUGGUGAUCACACCAAGUGUUAAUGAAUUGAAACCUGGAGAAUUUGUUUUGGCGUACGGAACGAAUACAUUGACUUUUGUGUUAGCAAUAUACACUUUUGAAGGGGGAUUUGAAAUACUUCAGUCGACAAAAGAAAAAAAAUAUCAAUGUAUUUUACCAAUUGAGAUUAACAUGGGUACUGACAUAUCCGUAGAAAGGGAUAAUCACAAGGUAGGCUCUCUUCGAGUGCAUAUUAACAUAGAAGCUCACUAUAAGGGCAAAACAUCAAUUUCCCCCUCUAUUACUACAUCAUUGAGAGUCGAACAUGAAAUGCCCAGCGCUGGGAUACGACGGGGCAUGGAGCGUAAGAGAAUAGCAUCCUUCAUGUCCAGAGUCGACAUGUCUGAUAAUGGUGUGGUAAAGGGUCUAGCCGAAAGACUUGUGCAAACUCCAUUGCCAGGUCCUGCUGCAUCUGUUUACGCAGCAAUUCGAUCUAGGCCCACGAAUGAAUCUCACUCUUCAAUGGAAUGGAAGGCUGACAAUUUGUAUAUGGGGUGGUAUUCUAGGAACUCUCCUUUCUCUGUAUGCGAUAGUGCAAUGGAGAGGUGUGAUGCGUCGAGGUGGAUUACAUUUCUCAUUGAUACCACUCCUGAGUGGGUACUUGUCCGACGCUUUUCAAUAUGGUUCACAACGCUGCAUGCCUUGGCCGUCGAGGCUGGAUUCCUUGGUCUCGCAUUGCCGCUUUCUGAGACUGAGGAGUACUUUAUAAAAGCUUUUGUCUAUUCUUCGUUUGCUUUGAAGAGUAUCAACAUAGUAUGGUUAAAUUGGAAACAAUGUUGUUACGAUAUUUUUUUCUUAGAUUGGAACGAAUAUAACUCUACAUUUGAAGAUGAGAAGUUUUCAAACAAUUUUAAUUGGAGAGCUAGUACUUUAGCAAGGGAAUGGAACAGAGUGCAAGCCGUUAGGAGAGCGCCACCCAGUUACACUGUUGUUCUAGCAUUAAUAAUUUUAAAUGUCAAGAGAUCGUGGUUGGUGAGCCAUAAAAGCAUCGGGUAUAGAUGGGCAGCUGCUAGUAUAGCAUGGUGGUUGUCUUAUAGUACAGUGCUGGUCACCCGCUGGGCUUUGGAGAGACUUACUGGUGCUCCACCAUCAGUUAUACCAGGUGUAUGCAGAGGUGUAGGCAUAUCUUUGCUAGUAUUUCAAGAAGAACGUUACGCGCAUUACGUUAAUGGGAGAAGUGACGAAGACAAGGACAUGCGUAUGACGCCGCGACCAUUGUCAAUGUGUCGAAUAGUGAUGUCACUACAGUUAAGGAUUGUUUACAAUCAACUGUCGAGCUCAACACAAGAUGAUUCGGAUGCUAUGACAAAACAAGCAACUCUUUCUAGACUUCUUGCAGCAUUCUUCGAAAGAGCUCUGGACGGUCUCAAUUGGGUUGCCAGCGAGCGGACGGUGAUGGAGCGUCUGCUGGACGUGGAGUUAUCAGAGAGGGAAUCUGGCACGACUAGUGUUUUGCUCUACGACUCGGCGGAUAAUACACCAUCCUGUGUGGCUGUUACCUGGUGGGGUGAAGAAUGGAGUUUGGGAACAUUUGAUGCAAUGCUUUUCGGACUGAUUAUGCUAACAACGGAUGAACCACUAUUGGCAGCUGUUAUAACAUUAGGUUUAUGGCAGGUUAUGCAAUAUGUGAGACAUUCGUUCGGCCAAAGAAAUCAAAUGAAGAAAAUGAUAACAUCGUUAUAUAGAGGCGUGUCUACAGACGUUGAGAGUAGUGAAAACAGGGAGACAUUGAAACAAAAAAGAUGCAACACUAAUAGUGAAGUGUUCAUCGAUGAAAACAGCCCUAGUUGUGCUAGUGAAUCAGAAGAAACUACGAUAAAAACAAGAUUCACGUCGACCACUACAAAAAUGAGAACUACUAAGACUAACACGAAAGUGAUACCUCGCGGUCCGUUUUAUGACUUCCUUAUGCAUAUUUGCGACGCCCUGUUAAAUAAUUUCAAAGUUAAUAGGGUCCACAAGUAUUUCAAGAUAUUAGGUAAAUGCCUUGACGGGCUGGGUUCUGGGUUUUUCAUGAGAAUGGAAAUCGAUCGUUUCGUUAGAUUUGUUAAGAAAAAGUCAGUUUAUUCCGGUAAAAAGUUAAGGCAGUAUGUAAUGAAUUUCAUUAACAUUAUAUCCAGUGGGAAGCCAAUGAUGAACCAAUUCUUUCACGCGAUGAAUUCAAUUUUCUCUAUAUAUGACAAAAUUAAAAUGGACGAUUAUAUUUAUUUACUAAAAAAAUACGGAAGGAAAGAAAUAAAUGUUAUAGGAGAUCGAACUCGGUGGAUAUUCAAAGAAUUCAUUUUUGGCAAAUUUUAUAGACAGAAAGAUGAAGUUAUAAGUGAUAUAAAACACAAAUUAAUAUUGGCGGACAUAGAAUAUGAGAAAAGUCGUAAAAAUUAUCGUCAACGCAAAUAA